AUGUCGUCCAAUCAUGCCUCGCUCGAUGCGGCGGCGACAGAGCGCAAAGCUCGUCUCGCAAAGCUUGCUGCGUUGAAACGGAAACAGCCCGAGCCAGAGCCGGAGUCAUCGACGGAAGCUCCUACCGCCGAGGACGAAAGAGAAGAUGCUGCUUCCGAUGUAACAAAGCAAUACCUAUCUGGGAGGAAUUAUGAUGCAGAGACUCGGGGCCCGAAGCUGGGCUUCGACAUGGCCCCCAUAGAUGGGCAAGUCACCGUGGAAACGCAGGCUGCCGAAAUCGCAAAGGCCACCGCAGAGCAAGCCAAGAAGGACGAGGAGGGGGAUCAGCCGAUCGACCUUUUCAAGCUGCAGCCGAAAAAGCCGAAUUGGGACUUGAAGCGGGACCUGGAUGAGAAGAUGAACAUCCUCAAUGUGAGGACACAGAAUGCGGUUGCGAAGCUCGUUCGUCAGCGGAUAGAGGAUGCGCAGCGCGCAGCUCAAGCCAGGGGGCCGGGACCAAAUGGAGAUCAACCGGGAGAGGAAGUGGGCAUUGAGGGUGACAUGUUGGUUCAGGGCAUCCACGUCCGCGAGAGGGAAGAAGAGGCGGCA